AGGAUGAGCAAAGAACCGUCUUGCUUGCCGGUUCUCUUUCGCUUGACAGUUCACGAAUCACUUGAUCUUUCAGUGCAGAACCGUUAUUUAUAAAUGGUGCACCGUGUAGAUGGGAAGAUUGGUUUCAAAACUCUGACGCUUUGAGCAGGUCUGCAUUGCCUCCUUGCGCUGCCGCCAAUCCAUGACAAUGGCGUCCUCUUUAUCCACUCUGCCUGCACUGGAAGGCCUCAGGGCUCGUGUGACAAAGGAGUCACAAUGGCUGACCCAGCGCUCUCAGCAAUUUCAUCAGCAUCUCCUUCCCCCCACUCCAAGCUACCCCCACCUGCUCAGCAGGAAACAUCCUAGGCUCUCCGUGGUGGCCGAUUCAGAAAGCUGUAGAGGCAGCAAAGUCAGCGUAAGAAACUCCAAGCAGUUCCAGAAAGCCACCGAAAGUGGCCAAACGAAACCAGAGGAAGGCACAGGAAGACGGGAGGCGCUGCUGGCAGGAGCUGCCCUAUUGGUUGCAUUGGGGUCAGCAGCGACGUGUCCAGGAAAUGCUGAUGCCCUGGGAUCAUCCUUCCUGAAGGACCGGCUGAAGGAGCGCAAGAAGGACACGUUCCAGAUUCUGCUGUACCCCAUCGAAGCUUCCCGGGUGCAGCUGCAAAAAGUUCAUGCUCUCCUGGACUCCCCCUCCCUGACGCCUGCACUGUACUCCGAAGCCAAGGAUUUGGUCCAGGUGUCCUCCCGGGACUGCAUGCCUCUAGAGCACUAUGCAGGGAGUCAAUCGGUGGCGGCCAAGUUUUUCGAGGUGUGUACUUUCAAGCUUUUGGUGAAGAACGCCGUGUCCCUGGUUGACAAAGCAGACCCAAAGCGUGUGCGAGCACAGCAAGCUCUCGUUGAUCUGAACAGGGCCUUCUCGGAGCUCGACGAUGUGCUGGCCGUCAGCUUAUCUUCGGCCACAUCCCAAGGGCGAGAACAAGUGUUGCCGGUCGUUGUGUCCACGCAGGAAGCGUUGGACGAGCUUGAAGACGGCAUCCGAGACGCCUUGGGGGCGCCCCCGCGAGUUGCAUAAAGCUGUGACGUGUACGUAGAGAAGCCUUUGUGACAGCAGUUCAAUGUGUUUGCAGACCCCUGUUCACUGACGGCAACCAUUGCCCGCCGGGCGAAGGCCCUCUCAGUGUUUGAAGAUUACCGUUGCUAACGUCUUUGCUCCGAGUGUCGACACGUCCGGUUCCGUGUACUGAGGGUACGUCGGUCUUACCGAUCAGCAGUCCCCUCAAUUCAGAUUUGCUUUUCAGUGCUGCACAAGGAGGUGCCAGUCUCUCGUGUGCAAGCCCAGCUGAGCCGCCGCCAGGCUAGCGCAGCACAUUUGCCCUCUCGCAGUAGGAGCUCUUACAUACAUACUGAUGACGUUCUGGCGGAAUCAAAAGAUUGAUGAUCCUUACGCCUUCCAUGGAAGCCUAUGGCCCAUGUGACUAUGGCUGGGCGUAUAAUGAAAAGUCAAUAUGCG